GAAACUGCUUUUUUGGCCAAAAAUUUAGGCAUUUGCGGUUAAACUGCGGUCUAACAGGUGCUAUAAAAGCCAAAGUCCAAGGAUUUUGUUAAUUUUCAAGUCGGCUCCACGGAAGAAGUUAGCAAGAGAGAAGCGUCCAUGCGUUAGGCCAAGUGCUAGGCGACCUUACUGUCAUAUUUUUGUAAAAAUAUUUAAAAUUCCGAAAAACUGUCAAGAAACAAGAGGAUUUACGUCAUAAACCGGUGUAUACUGUAAUACAUUCCAAGGUGGGAGCGGCCAAAGGAUCAAACGACUAGUGUCUCGUAUAAGAUGGGGAAAAAUUGGUUAAUACCAGCUCUCUUGACGUGUUUGACAGCUGAAGUCCUAUGCGCAAGCAUGGACCCUGUCAUAGUGGAAGACCCCUCUGACGUCACCGUACGUCAGGGCGAUGACGUCACAUUGCGGUGUGUGGUGGAAAUGCUAGCAUCGGACGAGGAACGACCAGUAUUAUGGAUGAAAGAUGGAUUCGCGCUCGGAUAUGAAAGAGAUUUACCGAACUGGGAACGUUACUCUAUGGUUGGCGACGUAUCUAUUGGAGAAUAUAACUUGUUAAUUCGAAAUGUUAGCGCCAUGGAGGACGAAUGUGGGUACCAGUGUCAAGUAACAAAGCACAGACUGGGUUCGAAGACUGCCAGAGUCACUGUACAAGUCCCACCCACCGGCCCUGAGAUCGACAGUUUAGUGGAUAUGAGAAUGAACGUAAUAGCCAACAGAGAGAAUGAGAUUUCUUGCCGAGCGUUUGGUGGAAAACCAGCGGCCCAGCUACACUGGUACCGAAACGGGAUUGAAAUAACCGAUGACGUCACGAAUGGCAUCACCGGCCCCGUAGCCAUGGUGUUCAACACAACAUCAACCUUACGCAUCACGCCAAGACCGGAUGACGUGGACGCAACUUACGCAUGCGUGAUGACGAGUGACGUACUUCCUGCUGACGAAGCUGGUCGAAAAAUGAUGCGACUUAAUAUAUUGGAACCGCCAGUGGUGACAGCUACAUUACCAGAUGCGGUGCAUGAACAUGAUAUAGUUACUGCAGAGUGCUUAGCUGAAGCAGAUCCUCCUGUGACGUCAUACAAAUGGUACAUCAACGGUGAGCUGCAAAGUGGUGAAACAUUGCAAAAAUUCCACCUUGGUACAGUUGAUAAGGCUUCCCACCGAACCACUAUUAGUUGCGUGGCUACUAACGAGGCCGGGGACUCGGACCGAAGCGAUGUCGCAUUGGAAGUCUUAUAUGCUCCUGUAUUCAUAAACGGCACCGAUGAAAUAACGUCAGAGGUUGGUGGGAACGUCACUCUUCGCUGCGAGUGGGAAUCGAACCCUGCACCUUCGGUUCGAUGGCUACGUAACGGCGAAGUGGUGGGAAGUGGGCAACAACUUCAGUUAUACCAUGUUACUCAGUCGGAUUCGGGAUCCUACACUUGCUAUGCAGACGCUGAAAAUGUUGGUGACGCAAAGAUGACGUCACGAUUAACAGUACGAGGUCCUCCCAUAUUCGACAGCUCUGACACUCAAUACGUCAGCAUGGGUGAGGAGGGCGUUGUUAACUGCGCGCUGUGGAGUCGACCAGGAAUGCAGACAGUGAAAUGGACGUGGUCAGUCAAAGGCGUGAGCUACACUCUUCUCGGUAACGCCUCCGUGACGUCACACGGGACCGUCGCAUCUGACGUCACUACCAAUGACGUCAAAUAUCGGGGUAUUUUCCAAACAGGAGACACAUUCGCUAGACUAAGCAUUGCUAAGAUGCGCAAAGAGGAUCUGGUGUCUUACACAUGCACAGCAACCAAUAGUUAUGGGGAGAGCGCUUUGCUUAUAACGUUAGAAGAAGAUACAAGUGGAGCUGAUGAUGUCAUGAUGUUGGGGGUUGCUAUCGGAGGAGCGAUUGGAGGAGUCUUUCUGAUCAUCAUAUUUAUCGUCAUCAUGAUUCAUUGCGCGAGAUCUAGGAGACAACGAAAGUCGACAAACUUUGAUAAAGAAGAUCAGAGCACAAGCGGAUCUCCCAUCGUUAGGCAAAACACAAGAGUCUCUGAGAAAGCUUACAAUCGAGACGAGACGAUUCCUAUCAACCACACUGAACAGAUGGGACAGUACAACGUUCGCUCAUCACUCUCGUCGCAUGGUGGCGCACCUGCGUCAUCAGUAACUGAAUCCGACGACACGAAUCCUACCCCAACCUCUGGGCAAGACGACGGAUAUCACACAGAAGAAGCAAACUCAUGGAACCGAGGGGAAAAUCCUGCAAAACUUUCCAUGACCUCAUCAUCGCCUGCCAAGAGCCCAGCUACUGUGAAUUCAUACAGCGCAUAUCCACAACCGUUUACUACCGGUGUGCCCCCACCACAACAAGCAUAUUCGAACGACCUAGGACCGAGAUACGCUACUAUCUCGUACCAGGACUACCCAGCGAGAACGCAGUCUCCAGGCAGAUAUGCAAUCGACCAAGGACCAUACGACCCGACCACUCUAUCCCAGCCUGUAUCUGCUUUACGCUCAGUAAGCGCUAUGGGUGAACGCCUCUCCCCACCCCCGGUUCGUUACGUCCAGCGCAAGUUUUCUGACGUUACUGCUCCACUGGUAAACCCCUACUCCAUGGCGCCAACAAGCGGAGACUUCUACCCAGCCGCUGUACCGUACACCAACAUGUACUCGUACGUCGAUUCCACCCCAACGUUCGCGCCGUCAGUCGGCGGGAACCGGACCACUCCUAUCCCCGCCUCGAUCACUGGAUCGGACCGAAACUAUGGCGUUCCGGCAACCGGUUCUUCUCAGUCGUCUUUAGAUAAAUACGAGCGCGGCUCUGCGCUCAGUGCGACGCCGAUGGCUCUACGGCCAGACGUUUAUGAAAACUCCACUCGUAUGAGUAACUUAUCUUCGCGUAUGAGUCAGUCGUCCAGAUCUUCGGAUUUCAUUCGUCCCUUGACAGCGCGCAUGGCGACGCAUGUUUAAUAAAAAAAAAUGCUGCGAAUAAUGAAGACGUCCGUCCGCGGUGCUGGAGACAAUCAAGACAGAACGCCAAUCGCAUUUCUUGACAAUUUCAUUUCAAUUCUAUUUGAGAGGGUAUGAGUAAGCUUGAACAUUUUUAUUUGGUCUGAGACAGGUUUGCACCGACGUGCCUUUGCAUUCGUUAAUUUACAAACGGAUGCUGAGAAACACAUUGCACUCGUUAUUGAGUGAACCGAAUAUAUUAUUUUGCAGCGAAAACUUGACAAAUCUUGUAUGACUUUGAACAUCCACGCACUAAAACUGUUAAAGGCCGCUCCAUUUCGUUACGACCAUGUUUUUUUCGUUCUUCGUUUUUUUUUUAUAAAUCGCAUGCAAUUUCAUUUACUCUCCCCAGCAAACGCUUGGCAGUGCGCACGGGAGCAGUUCUUUUUUUCGUUCAUAUCACUUCUUUUGCAAGACAAAUAAAAGAAAAACAUUGCUCAAAAGUAA